AUGGCAAACCCAACAACUACAGGGAAGUCCUCAAUUAGGGCUAAGCUUUCUAGCUCCUCGCUAUCAAACCUAUUUAAGAAAAAUAAAAAUAAAAGGCAGCACGAGGAAACGGAAGAGCAGGAUGAUGAGCAUCAAGAUGAAGGGAAGCAUCAAGAUGAAAAUAAGGACAUACAACUCACUCCCCGGAAGCGUCGCCGGUUGACGAAGGAGUUUGAAGAAAAUGAGGCCCGUUACACUAACGAACUGCCUAAAGAAUUGCGCAAAUAUCGUCCAAAGGGUUUCAGAUUCAAUUUGCCUCCGACGGAUAGACCGAUUAGAAUCUAUGCUGACGGUGUUUUUGAUCUUUUCCAUCUCGGCCACAUGAAGCAACUAGAACAGUGUAAAAAGGCUUUCCCUAAUGUAACACUAAUAGUCGGUGUGCCUAGCGACAAAAUCACUCACAAGUUAAAAGGUUUGACUGUACUGACCGAUAAGCAACGUUGCGAAACUUUGAUGCACUGCAAAUGGGUUGACGAAGUCGUGCCAAACGCUCCCUGGUGCGUUACUCCAAAGUUCCUACUCGAGCACAAAAUCGAUUACGUUGCUCAUGACGACAUUCCUUACGUGAGUGCUGACAGCGACGAUAUUUACAAACCAAUAAAGGAAAUGGGCAAAUUUUUAACUACUCAAAGAACCGAUGGUGUAUCCACAAGUGAUAUCAUCACAAAAAUCAUCAGAGACUAUGACAAAUAUUUGAUGAGAAAUUUUGCAAGAGGGGCUACCAGACAGGAAUUGAAUGUUUCUUGGUUAAAGAAAAACGAGCUAGAGUUCAAGAAACACAUUAAUGAAUUCAGAUCGUACUUCAAGAAAAACCAAACAAAUCUGAAUAACGCCUCUAGAGAUUUAUAUUUCGAAGUGCGUGAAAUCUUACUAAAGAAAACUUUGGGUAAGAAACUCUACUCCAAGUUAAUAGGCAAUGAAUUAAAGAGACAAAAUCAACGGCAAAGACAACAGAAUAUUUUGGAUGAUCCGUUCACCAGGAAACUAAUCAGGGAAGCCUCUCCUGCCACAGAAUUUGCCAACGAAUUUACGGGCGAGAACCCUACUUCUAAAUCAGCAAAUGGAAGUGGGAACAUUUUCAGCCAGGACGAUGAUGAUGACACGAAUUCCAAUAACACAAAUACGAAUUCAGAAUCUGAUUCUAACACAAACUCAACACCUCCGAGUGACGAUGACAAUGACAAUGACAAUGACAAUGAUAGGUUAACUUUGGAAAACCUCGCUCAGAAAAAGAAGCAAUCUGCCAACUGA